GGGGGCUGAGUCUGAGGCUAAUGAGCAGGUGAGGCCACAGCACAGACGGAGGCUGAGCUCAGCGUCUGCUCUCUGUGGAAAUGGCCGAGCCUGGGUCUCAGUGCCACACCGCUGGACCCUUACUGCUGCUGCUGCUGCUGCUGCUACCACCCCAGACCCUGCUGGAGGGGCCCCUGCUGUUUGUGGCUCUGGUGUUCCGUCAUGGCGACCGGGCCCCACUGGCCUCCUACCCCACAGACCCACACAAGGAAGCUGCCUCCACCUUGUGGCCUCGAGGCCUGGGCCAGCUGACCAAGGAGGGGAUCCGCCAGCAGCUGGAGCUUGGCCGAUUCCUGAGGAGGCGGUACAAGGCCUUCCUGAGCCCAGAGUUCCGGCGUGAAGAGGUAUACAUCCGCAGCACAGACUUUGACCGCACACUGGAGAGUGCACAGGCCAACCUGGCUGGGCUGUUCCCUGAGGCUGCCCCUGGAAGUCCCGAGGCUGACUGGAAGCCCAUUCCAGUGCACACAGUGCCCGUGUCUGAGGACAAGUUGCUGAGGUUUCCCAUGCGCAGCUGUCCUCGAUACCAUGAGCUGCUGCGGGAGUCCACAGAGGCAGCUGACUACCAGGAGGCCCUGGAGGGCUGGACGGACUUUCUGACCCGCCUGGGCAACUUCACGGGGUUGUCACUGGUUGGAGAACCACUCCGCAGGGCAUGGAAAGUUUUGGACACACUCAUCUGUCAGCGUGCCCAUGGCCUCACCCUUCCAUCCUGGGCCUCCCCAGAUGUCUUGAGGACUCUGUCACAGAUUUCAGCUCUGGAUAUCAGGGCACAUGUGGGCCCACCCAGGGCAGCCGAAAAGGCCCAGCUGACAGGGGGGAUUCUGCUGGAUGCCAUCCUCAGCAAUUUCUCCCGGGCCCAGCGCCUGGGGCUGCCCCUCAAGAUGGUCAUGUACUCAGCUCACGACAGCACCCUGCUGGCCCUCCAGGGGGCCUUAGGCCUCUACGAUGGGAACACCCCGCCUUAUGCCGCCUGCAUGGCCUUUGAGUUCCGGGGGAGCUCCAGAGACCCUGAGGAGGAGGAUGGAGAGAAUGUCACCAUCUCUCUCAUCUACCGAAAUGACACUUCCCGCCCACCCCUGCCGCUCAGGGUCCCUGGGUGCCCAGCCCCCUGUCCACUUGGGCGCUUCCAGCAACUGACUGCUCCAGCCAGGCCUCCAGCUCACGGGGCCCCCUGCCAUGGUUCCUAUGAGCCUACCAGCCCGCCAGGUGACAGCCCUCUGCACAGGGGUGGGAGUGGGGAAUUCCCAAGGCCUGGGAUUCACAACCCCCAUGUUCUUCCUGCAGCCACGGUGCCCCUGCUGGCUGGAGCUGUGGCUGUGUUGGCUGUGCUGAGCCUGGGGCUGGGCCUGCUGGCCUGGAGGCCCAGCUGCCUGAGGGCCCUGGGAGGGGCUGUAUGAGGGGGAUGGAUAGACACAACAGCACCCCUUCAGCUGACACUGGACCCCAACACGUGUGCUCACCUGCUUCUCUGACUUGUCACUUACUGUGCUCGCGCGUGUGGGGAUGAAGGCUGGGUGGGCCCCAGGCCCUGUGUAGGCAGUAAGCAUGGGUGCGGGUGAGAGCCUACAGCCCAAGACCACAUAGGACUGUCUCAGGGUCACCUAGUACCCCAAUUAUGAAUCAGAUGGAGAAAGGGGUUUCCCAGGGUAUUGGCUAAGGUAACCAGUGUCUUCUGAAAGCCUCACUCAUCUCUAACCUAAGUUCCUCAAGGACCUGUUGAUGAGCCUGCAUCCAUACCCCACUCCCUACAGCCUAGCAAUCACGCCAUUGGCAUCAUCUGGAGCCCCACACCCAUUGUCUUGUAUACCCACUGCCACAACUGACAUGGGAAAAUCAAAGGGUGUUGUCUUGAGAGGAGGCCAGGCUUCUAUCUGGGGGAGGUACAAGACCCAAAAUCCUGAGGAAGCUAAGGAGCAUCCCCUGGAAUCCCAGGACAGCCUGAGUGAGCUAGAGGGUCUGGUUCACAAGAACCAACAUAAACUCGAACCAAACGCAGGCUGCUAGGUAGGGAGGGCUAAGGUCAGCCGGCGGCUGUGACUGUCCCCCACCAGCCCACUUUUCCUCAGCAGACCGCUGGAGCAUCCUCUGGAAACAGGCCAGAGGUGGGCAAGCAAGCCUGUGCCUCACCUGCCCCGGACCCAGGCCGU